AUGGACCAGAGUGCUAUGGUGAAGGAGUACAGUCGAUCGUCUGCCGAUCAAGAAGAACCUCUUUCACAUGAGCUCAGACCACCAAAAGUUUUGAACAUGACCAUGGAUUAUUUGUUAUGCAAUGUCAUGGAUAGAUUUGCCCUUGUCCAAGAAUUGAAAACUCCAAAAAGAGAAGAACGCCGUAUAGCUUCACCCGAAGAGAUUCGAAACAUUACUUCAAUUAUUUGCAAAGGUAUUUCGGAGGAAAUAAACAAAAAACAGAUUUUACAGGAACAUUUUUCCAAGUUUGGAAAAGUUCGUCGGAUAACCUGUGGUCCACAAAAGAAUUAUGCUGUGAUUUAUUUUUAUGAUCACGAAUCAGCUAAAGCUGCUCGAGAAAAAGGAUCUUUAAUCAAAUCGGGCUACCCACCAUUGGAAAUAUUUUGGAGUGCUGUACAAAAGAGACGAAAUAGUUCUCCGAGAGAUUCUUCUAGUGUUUCUGAGGAGCUUAAAGCUAUGGAAGGAAGUUUACAGGAGCCCAAGUUGUUGGAGAGGCCCAAGAUUAAAACCCAUACCCAAGUAAAACAACAACGAGCACAGAAGGCUGUGAAACGCUCUUCUCAUACUGUUAGAGAACAAGAGGCGGGCAGCGUUAGUUCAGAAGCUCUAUAUAAUGUUUCAGCACUUAUGUCGUCUCCUGCUGUUUCUAGUCAGGAUAAAUACAAGAUUUUAGAUGCCAGGGACAAAAUGAUUAGACUGA